AUGAGGCCGCUGCGGGCGGCAGCCGCCGGCACCCGGCGCGGCGGGACGGGCGCGGCGCCCCAAGGAGCGGCCCCGGCUCCAGCUCCCGCUCCGCCGCCCUCCCCGCACCUCUUCAGCGACCCGGCCGAGGUCGAGGCCCUGCGCGGGAACCUUCUGGCUUGGUACGACGGAUGCAAGCGGGACCUGCCCUGGAGGACGCUGGCAGCCACCGAGCCGGAUGCUGACAGACGGGGGUACGCAGUGUGGGUGUCAGAGAUCAUGCUCCAGCAGACACAGGUGGCUACAGUGAUCGACUACUACAACCGCUGGAUGCAGAAGUGGCCGACACUGCAGGCUCUGGCACAGGCAUCUCUGGAGGAGGUGAAUGAGCUGUGGGCUGGACUUGGCUACUACUCGAGAGGGAAGCGUCUGCAGGAGGCAGCAAAGAAGGUGGUGUCCGAGCUGGCUGGCCACAUGCCCAGGAGGGCUGAGGACCUGCAGAAGCUGCUGCCGGGAGUGGGCCGGUACACAGCGGGAGCCAUUGCCUCCAUUGCCUAUGGGCAGGCUACUGGUGUGGUGGAUGGGAACGUGGUGCGGGUGCUGUGCCGCCUGCGCUGCAUCGGCGCCGACGCCGGCAGCCCGACCGUCACCGACCGGCUCUGGGACAUGGCCAAUGCCCUGGUAGACAGGAGCCGCCCAGGGGAUUUUAACCAAGCCCUGAUGGAGCUGGGGGCAACUGUGUGUGUGCCCAAGGCCCCGCUCUGUGGGGAGUGCCCCGUGAAGCAGCACUGCCGAGCAUGGCAGAGGGUGGAGAAGGAAUUGGCCUUUGCCUCUCAGAAGCUGUUUGGGAAACCCACCUCAGUGCCUGAUGUUGAGGACUGUGGUGUUGGAGGCUGUCCCCUGUGCCCCCCAGCCACGGAGCCGUGGGACAGCAGCCUGGGGGUCACCAACUUCCCCCGGAAAGCAGCGAAGAAGCAGCCACGGGCAGCACGGACAGCCACGUGUGUGCUGGAACGGAGGGGCUGCGGGGGCCCCAAGUACCUCAUCGUGCAGAGACCCAGCUCAGGUCUCCUGGCUGGUCUCUGGGAGUUCCCAAGUCUCCCGCUGGCUGAGGGUCUGCAGGAGGAGAAGCAGAGGGAGAUGCUGGCAGAGCAGCUCCAGGCCUGGACAGGGAGCCCCGUGGCAGCCAGAGGCCUGCAGCUUGUUGGAGAGGUCAUCCACGUCUUCUCUCACAUCCACCAGACGUAUGUGGUCUACGCCUUGUCUCUGGAUGAGGAUGUGACCCUGGACCCUGCCUUGUCCCCAUCCCGCUGGGUGACGGAGGAAGAGUUCCAUGCCUCAGCUGUGUCCACGGCCAUGAAGAAGGUGCUGAAAGCACAUGAGAAGCAGCGUGGGAAGGAGAGCAGCCCUGUCAAGGGCUCCAAGCGCAAGCGGGGGCCAAAAUCACAGGGAGCAGGCAGCAGCUGCCCCGGGACACAGCUCUCCCUCCACUCCUUCCUGCGGGCACCCACUGCCUCCUGACAGCUCCCACGGCUGAGACAGCAGAGCCCUGUGCUGUGGCCAGGCCUGCCCGUGCCAUGGGGAGGGCGCACACUGCUGCAGCCCCCAGCAGGCUCCCCCUCCCUGCAGAGCCUGCGUGGGAUGUGUUUUUAUGUGGCCACUCAGGUCCUGGAUGUGCCCUGGAGCCAGGCUUACCCUUCCCCUUGCCUGGAGCCCUCCUGGCUUUAUUCAUCCUCAUACAGCCACAGCUCUGGCCCUGCACGCCCAGGGCAGCAGGAGGGCUGCAACCACCCCAGCUCUGGCCCUGCAAGCCCAGGGCAGCAGGAGGGCUGCAACCACCCCAGCUCUGGCCCUGCAAGCCCAGGGCAGCAGGAGGGCUGCAGCCACCCCAGCUCUGGCCCUGCACGCCCAGGGCAGCAAGGGUUUCUCUGGCAGUUGAAGGGCUGUGGCCAUCUCAGCCCUGCAGCCCUGGCCUCAGCUGCCUCUCUGCCCAGCCACUCCUGCUGGGGUGCUGCUCUACCCCUUCCUGGCCUCCAACAGCCCUUUUUAUACUGAACUCGUUUUUAUGGAACUUGAGC